AAGAGGCGGAUACCGGGAUGGGAGAAGGAAGCCGGCUUCUCUUGAUUGGGCCAUACGGAGGGCCGUGCGCCCCCGUACUCCGGAUUGGCUGACCGUGAGCCGCGCCCCCCUCACGCCAACAGCCUUCGGUACGAGAAGUGCGCCAGGCUCGCCUCGCGUAGCCAGUUUGGUGCAAAGGCGUGCACAGGGGGCUCGCUGGGUUCCCAACCAGACCCGACGUAGACCCGGGAGUGGUGCGCUCCUUCUCAACGAACCGAGGGUAAACGAGCACUAGGAGCGUGGACACGAGGGCUAAGCUCAGUAAAGGCUUUUAGGAAGUUUCUUUUGCUGCCCGUCACCCUCACUUCCCCUGCCGUCCAGGGAUGUGCAGAUGGAGGCCGGAGGAGACGCUGCUGCCCCAGCCCCCGGGGACGCGGAGGACUUGGAGGACACGCGGCUCCCCAGUGAGGAGGCUGGAGACGGUGGAGGCGUUCAGGAGGACCCCACAGAUUCCGAGGACCGGAGCCUGGAGGAAACAGGAUCCGAGACCAAGGACCAGCCACCCAGCCUGCUGUCACCACUGCCCCAGUCAGAGUCCCCUUCAUGUACCCCUGGGCUCUGGGAUCCUGCAGCCUCUGAGACUAAUGCCAUGGAUGACUCUGAGAGUGGCUCCGGGGGCCAGGGCGGAGAUCCAAGUGACGAGGACUGGCGCAGCAAGCGAAAGCACGUGUUUGUACUGAGUGAGGCAGGCAAGCCCAUCUACUCGAGGUACGGUAGUGUGGAGGCACUGUCGACUACCAUGGGUGUGAUGACAGCUCUCGUGUCUUUCGUGCAGAGUGCAGGAGAUACCAUCCGCGCCAUCUAUGCUGAGGACCACAAGCUGGUGUUCCUACAGCAGGGCCCACUGCUGCUGGUGGCUGUGUCAAGGACUCCUCAGUCAGCAGCCCAGCUGCGGGAGGAGCUUCUCGCCGUGCACGCACAGAUCGUGAGUACACUGACCCGUGCAAGUGUGGCCCGCAUCUUCGCCCGCAAGCAGAACUACGACCUCCGCCGCCUGCUAGCCGGCUCCGAGCGCACCCUAGACCGGCUUCUGGACAGUGUGGAGCGGGACCCAGGUGCCCUGCUCCUGGGUGCCGUGCGCUGUGUGCCCCUCACUCGCCCGCUGCGGGAAGCACUGGGUACACUGCUCCGACGUUGCACAGCACCUGGCCUGGCACUGUCCGUGCUGGCGGUGGGUGGUCAACUGGUGACAGCAGCCCAGGAGCGGAAUGUGUUGGCUGAGUGCCGGCUGGACCCAGCUGACCUGCAAUUGCUGCUCAACUGGGUCAGUGCACCUGCCUUUGCAGCGGGGGAAGCGUGGGCACCUGUGUGCCUGCCACGCUUCAACCCAGAUGGUUUCUUCUAUGCCUAUGUGGCCCGCCUGGACGCCAUGCCUGUCUGCCUGCUGCUACUUGGCACUGACCCUGAGGCCUUCCAUGACAUGGCCACCUGCCGGCGCCUGGUAGAAGACGGCAUGCACACACUUGGUGCCAUGCGUAACCUUGGGGAGGCUGCCAGUUUCUCUAAUGCCCCAUCAGCCACCGCCCCAUCCUACAGUGUGCAGGCUGUGGGAGCACCUGGCCUUCGGCACUUCCUCUAUAAGCCACUGGACAUCCCUGACCAUCACCGCCAGCUGCCUCAGUUUACCAGCCCUGAGCUAGAGGCCCCAUACAGCAGAGAAGAGGAACAGCAGCGUCUAUCAGACCUAUACCACCGCCUGCAUGCUCGCCUCCAUAGUACCUCCCGGCCUCUGCGCCUCAUUUACCACGUGGCUGAGAAGGAGACACUGCUGGCCUGGGUGACCUCCAAAUUUGAGCUCUAUACCUGCCUCAGCCCCCUGGUGACCAAGGCAGGUGCCAUCUUGGUAGUGACCAAACUCCUACGCUGGGUGAAGAAAGAGGAAGAUCGGCUUUUCAUUCGUUAUCCACCCAAGUACUCGACACCUCCGGCAGCCUCAUCUGCCUCUACGGACCAAGCUUCCCAUAAUGGCUUGUUCACUGGAUCUUGAGAGGCAGAACCUCCCAGAUUGGGCAGUGCUGGGAACAACUACCUUUGGCUCUUACCUUCUGUCUCCACCCUGGAAAGGGGGAGUUGGAAGGGGUGGGGUGGUUGAUGGUGGUGUCUGUGGCCGGUCUCUCUCCCUGGACAAUAGGGCAAGAUCUGAGGGCUUGCCCACGAAUGAGAGAUGACUGGACAUAGGUCAGCAGGCUGCCUCCUCAGCCCCUCACAUGCUUCUUCCCUUCCCUCUGCCUCACUAUCUCCACUUGGAUGAUGUUCCAGCCUCUGUCAGGGACUUUCUCCUCCGAUACCUAGGCACCGUGCCCUCUGUCCUGCAUCUGGAGUCGGCCUCCUCAGUGGGCUCUUAGCCCUGAGUCUCCAGGGCUGGCCAAGGUCUCUGUGGGUGACCCAUGGGGCCAGCCUGUGCUGGAACUGACCUAAAGAUACUUAAAAGAAAAGGUCUAAACCAACCCCCACAGGGACAUUCCUUUGCCCUUGUUGUACUUCACCUCCCUGUCAAAAGGGACCCCAUCAGUGUUGGCUGCUGCUAAUGUUUAUGAGAAAGGCGGUCCUCACAGUCUGUCUGUCUGUCUGUGUAACCCAGGGCAAAGCCCCCGACUUCACACAGAGAUCCAGAAUUUUUACGUAGGAGGUGACUUAGCUUCUAAGGCUCCUUCUGCUCAUUCGUGAAAUAGAGAUAACUGACCUCUCACCGGCUAAGUGAGCAUUUGUGAAUGAAAAGGGACUCGGACUCUUGUGUACCACCCACGACACAUGUACAUUUGCCCCAGACUUUCUUACAACCUGCACUACACAAGCAACCUGGAGGGGGCGAGACCGCUUUCUAAUUUGUAUAUGUACUCACAACACUCGGUCCCCAAUCACUAAGACCCUAGUUCUAGCCUUGUUUUCUCUAAGCGAAUUACAGCCGCAUGUCACUGAGCCCACGGAAACUCCCUUGCUCUCAUCCUGGUCCAGUGAGCAGACUGCGCUGCACGCAUGCGCGCUGCAGAGCCUGCCUGCCCUCGCGUGCUUCCCCCUCCCCCCAUCAAUUGUCGAAGGCGCAUGCGCCUAACUCCUGUUUGGAAAAUGGCGGCCAAGUUGGAGCCGCUGGCGGUCUCGGAGGAGGCGGCGGAGGGCGAGGGCGAGGGAUGCGCGGGUAAGCCGGCUGCUCCGGCCGGGGCAGAGGGGAAGCCUCUGUCCCAGUCCAAUAGAGAGGGAUUGAUAGCGGUUCCAAAAAAAAAAAAAAAAGUGAAAAUGUAGGCCUUUUAUUACAAGGUAAAUAAUACUCUUCAAGCAACCUAUGGAGGUAGACAUUCUCACAAAAACCACUCUGCUGCUGCUGCCACAUCUGAGGAAAUUCACAGUAACUCCCCACCCUCUGACACCCAGGCGGUUCACACGUUGUGUGGACUCUUAAAUCCUAAUCCCACGGACCAGACCGCUUUUCUCCAGGGCGUUGUGACAAUGAUGCCCACACCUUCGUGCAGGGGGAGCGGGGGGAGGGUGGAUUGCCAUCUAGAAAAGAAGAAUGCAACCCGCCACCGUGCCGCCAGAUUCUCUAAACUAUAGGAAUGUUCAGAAUGGACCACAGUACAGGAAAUAGCAUGAUGCGUGCCCGUGUACCCGUCACUGUUUCAACAGCUGCCACCUUUCUGCCCUCCGUUCACCCAUAGCCCCCUUUCUGCAGCCUAAACCGCUGUGUGAAUAAACAUGGUUGCAUUUUGUCCAGACCUGCCUGCAGACAUCGACCAUAUCUUGUUUAUUGUCCUGUCAGCGCCAUGAGAACCAUUCGUUGCUCUUUCCCCGAGGCCCAAACAGUGCCUGCUUGGCACAUAGUAGGUGCUCAAUAAUUUGUGUAUUGUAUGAACAAUGAAGUAACGAACAUGGGGAGCUCUCUCAGAUUAGGGCCAGCUUUCAACAGAGGAGGGACAGAAAUGAGGCCGAUGCCAAUAGAUCUCAUUGAUUGAGCACUUACUGCAGCUGCCACUGUGCUGCAAAGCUUUUAGUAUCCACUUUCAAAUUUGUCACAAUUGAAGUUACUUCAUCAGCAAGGAGGAAAUUUAAGAGCAGGUGAUGUUACCAUUUUAGCCAUUAACAUUGGCUUUAUAAAAGGAGAGGUGAUAUCUAUUAUUGAUUACUCUGGGGGGAAAGGCCACCUUUUGUCUCACUUGGAGAGCUGACCAGCAAACGCUUAGCUGGAUGCAGUUUGGCAGAACAUUCUAGCAUCUAAAAUGCUAGUCACCAUAUUCGGCCACAGUGCUUAGAAAUCAGGAAAAUACAGAGAUACCUGGGCCAGAAAAAGUCAUUAGGAUGUUGUUGAUGGAAGCCAAAAAAAGGAGCAAUUAUGGAAAUUGCUAAGCUUAGGUAUAUUCAUGCAUAUUGUGGAAUGCCUGUGUGUGGUGGACCUUUAAAAUUUUUUGAGCAGCAGGAAAAAGAAAUGGUUAAAUUGCAAUUUAAUUUAAAAUAAUUAAAAUUUAAAAGGAUAAGACCAUGAUUUAUUGGCACAGAAUGAACUCUAAAAAGAUAUUUUUAUGAGUAAAAAGCUUGGAUUUUCAAAAUAAAGUAGAAGCAAUGUCAGCCAUAGCCCUUUGUAGGUUGCACAGAAAAAUAUCCGAAGGCAAAGGCCUCACUGAUGACUCUUAAUAAGGGACUUGGAUCUUGGGGGCUGUGCAAAAGUGGAGACAUUUUUGUGAUUGUUUUUCUUUUAGGAAACUAAGUAGCACUGUAUAAUUUUUUAAAAGAUGAGAACGAGGGAAAUUUGAAUUGCAUCCGAGAAUCAUAUAUUAAUGUUGAUUAAUAUUGGCAUCUUGGUUUGGAUGGUUAUACUGUGGUUAUCUGGUAGAUUCCCCUUGAAUAGAGUAAAUAUACACUGGAACAUUAAGGAAUAAUGGGCCAUGGUGCCUGCGAUUUAUGGUACAGAAACGCUCACAAAUGGGAAACCUGAUACAAGGCAAGUAGGAGCAUUGUGGUCUAUUUCUACAACUUUUAUGUACAUCUGAAAUGAUUUCAAAAUAAAAUGUUUAAAAGGGGCUCGUGCAUUAUAAGCUGUUUUAUAACAUGGAUUUAAAAACACUUUUAUCACGUUGUUAGUUGGAUUAUUUAAAAGAUUUGCUGAUCACCCAUGAUCUUACCCCAAUGACUAGGACUGGAAGUGCAGGGGAGAGGAAAAACAGAUGGAGCUUUCACAAAAAUGGCUGCAAAAGCCAGCUAUAAAAGGCAUGGGGACAGUCGGGGAAAUCACAUAUGUUCUGGGUACUAGAUGAUAUUAAUGAUCCAAUGAUUAGUGAUAAUUGUUAAUAUUGGUAUAAUUAUAGGAUUGGAGUCAUCUAAGAAAAUGUCUUCAAGUAGUGAAACUUGGUACCUGGGGAUGAAAUGUUACGAAGCCUGGGGCUUGCCUGGAAAAACAUAGCUGAAGCAAAUAUUAAGGAUUGUCAGAUCUGGGCGAUGAAUAAAUCAGGCUCAUCACGGUAUUCUCCUUACUUUUCUGUGCAUUUGGAAGUUUUCAUAAUGAACUAUUUAAAAAGCAAUAACAAAUACUUAUCCUCAUUAUUAAAGUAGCUUUAAUUUUUUGUUUAAUUUCCAAAUAGUAAGAGUAUUUAAAACUGCUUAAAGUCUCAAGAGACUACAUACCAGCCUAUUAAUACCAGAGAAAGGCGCUGAGAUUUGGGGCCAAGGAGAGAAGGGAAAGUUUCAUUUUUAACUUCACGUUUGUGUGGUGUUUGAAUGUUUUUAGAAUGUUACUUGGAUAAGAAAGUAAAAAUUAAAGCAAUACAUAAAAGACAUUUUACUAAAAGAUCUGCAUGUCUUCACCAAAUGUUGGCAGUAAUUACUUCUUGGGAAGGUGAUUGUCUUGGGGAAGGGGCUAAUGGUGACGGGAGAUAUAUUUUUUACUCUAUGUUCUUCAUUUGUUUAAUAAGUAAUUUAAAAAUUCAAAUGCAAAGUUAAAUUAAUGCAUAUAAUUUGUAAAAGGUUUCAGGCAAGACAAAAAUAUGUAAAGAGAGUGAAUACACCACCAAAUAUUUUAACAAAAUUUAAUAAAUUCAGGUUACAAGCCCCUGGUUCACAACAUGAUUUUUAAUGGCUGCAAAGAAUUUCAUUCUACAAAAGUGCUAUAAUCAACUAAGGCAUCUUUAGGUUGCUUCCAUCUUUUAAGAUUAAAAACAAUGAAACAAUGAACAUCUUGCCAUCAUCCUUAAUUUUUUCCUUAAGAUAGAAAUUCCUAGAAGUGGAAUUUCUGAUCCAGAGGAGUUGAGUAAGUUUUGGAUAUUUACUCUGUAGAUAUGACUUGUUACUAUGAGGUUAUACUGCAUCAGGGUGGGCCCUACCCAAUGUCUGGUGUCCUUAUAAGAAGAGGGAAUUUUGGACACAGAGAUAGAAUGCAAGGUGAAAACACAAACACACACAAAAGGAAGCCCCAGUUUAUGGUACUUAGUUUUGGCAGCAAAAGAAGGACAGCAGCCUAAAUAUCCACUAGUAAGGGACCUCUCUUAAAUUAUGGUAUAUUUACUCUGUGGACCACUAUGCAGCCACUAAAAAAAAUAAAAAGAUCACCAGUAUACAUUGUCAAAUGAAAAAUAAAAGCUGUGGAACAUCAUUCAUGAUAGGAUACCACUUAUAUAGAAAGAGUGGAGAUAUGCUUGCAUAUGAAUUGAAUUAUCUCUAGGCUUGUAACACUAGUGACUUCUGAGGAGGGAAAUUGAGGAAUUGGUGUCUGAGGGGAAGAGACUUUUCUGUUUAUUGCUUUUUAGCUUUCAUGUGUGAUUUGUGUGCUGCCUUUUAUAUUCUCUGCCCAAUUUUCCUUGGAGAGGGGCGAGUCAUUGGGAUUUGACCUUUUAUCAUUGAUUUCAAAAGUUUAAGAUGUCAAUAUAUUUUUUCUGUUAUUUUAUUGUUAUUGUAAUUCUAAAAGUAACAUAGGCUCCUGUUAAAAAUGUAUAGAAGGCCCAGCUGGCAUAGCUCAGUGGUUGAGUGUUGACCAAAGAACCAGAAGGUCAUGGACAUAUGCUUGGGUUGUGGGGCUUGGUCCCCAGUGUGGGCCUUGCAGGAGGCAGCCAAUCAAUGAUUCUCUCUCAUCAUUGAUGUUUCUAUCUCUCUCUCCCUCGCCCUUAUUCUCUGAAACCAUUAAAAAAAUGUAUAUU